UUGGCCCAUUGUUCGACCUCGUCUAGACCGGCAAACUAAACCGAUCAGGCCCCGGAUAUACGUGCUCCAAAAACGGUUACUCCAAAAAAUAAAACCCAUCUUCAAUUUAUCCUCAAGUGUUCGCGAAAGUCUCGUCCACAAGGGAAAUUAUAUUAAAAUCAAGUUUCUUUUUCUUUAAUAUAUCUUCUUUUAUUAUUAAAACCUUGGCCUUUCAAAUAGAAUUUGAAAUCGUUUAAAAUCAUGGUUGCCGGUACGAAAAUGAUAAACGUGAGGGUGACGACUAUGGAUGCCGAGCUGGAGUUUGCGAUCCAGCCGGCUACCACGGGCAAGCAGCUUUUUGACCAAGUUGUCAAGACCAUUGGACUCAGGGAAGUUUGGUUCUUUGGUCUUCAGUACACGGAUGUUAAAGGCGACCUUACCUGGAUCAAACUUUACAAGAAGGUGGUCAAUCAAGAAGUGAAAAAGGAGAAUCCACUUCAAUUCAAGUUUCGUGCCAAAUUCUAUCCCGAGGAUGUUUCCGAGGAACUCAUCCAGGAUAUAACUUUGCGCCUCUUCUAUCUUCAGGUAAAAAAUUCCAUACUCACCGACGAUAUUUAUUGUCCACCUGAGACGUCUGUUCUUCUCGCCUCUUAUGCAGUGCAAGCAAGAUACAAUGAUUACAAUAAGGCAAGCCACACAACAGGAUUCUUGACAAAUGACCGUCUACUUCCGCAACGUGUCAUGGACCAACAUAAAAUGAGUAAAGAAGAAUGGGAAACCUCUAUUACUAAUUGGUGGCAGGAACACCGUGGAAUGAUUCGCGAAGAUGCAAUGAUGGAAUACUUGAAAAUUGCUCAAGAUUUGGAAAUGUAUGGCGUUAAUUAUUUUGAGAUUAAAAACAAAAAGGAAACUGAACUUUGGUUGGGAGUCGAUGCACUUGGUUUGAAUAUUUAUGAGAAAAAUGACAAACUCACGCCAAAAAUUGGUUUCCCCUGGUCUGAAAUUCGAAAUAUUUCAUUCCAUGACAAAAAAUUCAUGAUCAAACCAAUUGACAAAAAAGCACCAGACUUUGUUUUUCUUGCGCAUCGUGUUAAGAUAAACAAAAGAAUCCUUGCCCUUUGCAUGGGAAAUCACGAACUCUACAUGCGUAGGCGUAAACCCGAUACUAUUGACGUUCAACAGAUGAAAGCUCAAGCGAAGGAGGAAAAAAUAGCACGAGAGAAGCAGAGGGAGAAACUUCAACUUGAGAUUGCAGCUCGCGAACGGGCUGAGAAAAAGCAACAAGAAUAUGAGGAAAGGCUCAGGAAUAUGGCCGAAGAAAUUCAAAGGCGAAGCGCCGAAUUAACUGAAGCGCAGGAAAUGAUUCGUCGCCUUGAGGAGCAAUUACGACAAUUGCAAGCUGCUAAAGAGGAAUUGGAAGAUCGUCAAAAGGAAUUGACUGUAAUGAUGGAGAAAUUGGAGCGCUCGAACGAAAUGGAAGCCGUUGAGCGAGCCAAACUCGAACAAGAGAUUAGAGACAAGAAGGAGGAGGUGGAACGUAUCCAGUCCGAAGUAGAAGUGAAGGAUGCUGAGGCCAGAAGGUUACAGGACGAAGUUGAAGCAGCUAGAUUACGACAAGAGGAAUCUGAAAAAACUUUCCAAGCGAAUGCAACGACACCUCUUCAUCAUCAUGUCCAAGAGAACGAAGAAGAGGGCGAGGAGGAGGAAGGUGAAUAUGAAGGAAGACAUCGAGAUGUGACAAAAGAUCUUAUCACCGAUGAGUCGAUAAUUGAUCCAGUCGAAGAGAGACGCACUCUCGAAGAAAGAAACGAACGUCUUCAUCAUCAAUUAAAGGCAUUGAAGCACGAUCUCGCUCAAUCACGUGACGAAACAAAAGAGACGGUGAUGGACAAAAUUCACAGAGAAAACGUUCGUCAGGGUCGCGACAAGUACAAGACAUUGCGCGAAAUUCGCAAAGGAAACACCAAGCGUCGUGUUGAUCAAUUCGAGAACAUGUAAAUUUCAAAUUUAUUUUCUAUUUUUUCUAAACCACUAAGUAACUUUAUCAUUCGAGACAAAUAUUUUUUUUUUUUUUAAUUGACCUUUAAUUGAAUGUAUGCAUUGUUUCUACGACAGCAUUUUUUUUAUAUAUUUUUUUUAAAUGGUUAAAAAUAUCUUCUCAAUAUUCGACAGUAAUUUUAUUAUUUGUCGAUGCAUCGAGCGAAAAUAAUUCAGUCUUCCAGAUUAAUUCAAGGAAGGGGAAGCAAUAAUAUCAAUAAUAUCGCAAAUAUUUUUUGCGAAUUUAAAAGAAAUUCCAAACACUUGGAAAUUAUUUUUUUAAAACACGUUUUUUUCCGAGACAUUGAACGACAAUCGCUGAUGUGAAUUAUUGUUUUUUGGUAAAAUCACUUCAGUUUUGUUUUUCCGUUUUUUUUUUAAAUAACAAAACGUGUUCCUGAAGGUGUGCCAGUAUUCUCGAAAAGUAUUCUGUUUGCGAACUUUUCCUUGAUUACGUCCAGCAACACGAUUUGCACUGCCUGUCAUGUUGGUUUUUUUUUAAUGGGGGAUUUUUUUUUUAAUUCUCUUUUUGUUUAAAAUAACAAAUCUUUAUAAGGUACUUUUACAAGAUUUUUGUACGUAUUGUUGUAUGUACGUAGAAAUGGAGUCAAAGGGGGAAAUUUUUGCGAAUAUAGAAUUUAAAAGAAUCGAGAUUUCUUACUGGAGGCAAUCGAUUUUGCAACAAGUGAUAUUCAAUAUCAAAAGAAAGGAUUUUUAUAUAUAGAUCAAUAUAUAAUUAAUGAGAGAAAUGCCUCGUAGGAUGUUUUUUCUUUUUUUGCAUGGUGAAAUCAAAAAUUUAGUGGAAAUGUGAUUAAAAACAUAUCUGGAAAAAAUUUAAUAAAAAAAAAAGGAUGAAAUUUGAAAAUAAAGGGAUUUUUAUGAAAGAGGAAUAAUUUGAAAAAUGGAUGUCAAGAUUCUUGUGAAGAAGUUGAGAAACGGAGAUAUAGUUUCCACUAUAUGUGAACUCACCAUGUUCUGUUUACAUUAUUAGCACGUUCGGAAUACGAUUUACUAUUAAUUAGUGGUUUUUAUAUCGAUCACACUCGUGGCCUUUAUUGAUAUACAUAAAGUACUAGAUACUUAUGUACGAGAGAAAGAGAGAGAAAGAGAAAAUGUGUGCUUGCAUAUGUGAGAGUGCAAAGAAUUUUCAAGAGAAAAAAACAAACAAAGAAUGAAUGGAAGAAAACGACGUGGCGGUUUGGUACGACCUGUGUUACAAAAACAAAAAGUUUGACUGGAAAAAAAAUUUUAACACAAACUACUGAGAAUUUUUUAAAGAAAUUGUAAUUUUUUUUUACAAUUUUUUUUAAACUCUAUUUUUGGAAUAAAAAAGAGAAAGAAAAAAAUGUACCAACUGUCUUUAUAAAUGCUGCCAAUUGUCAUUUCUUCGUAAAAAAUAAAAUUCAGAUUCGAAUGACAUCCGAGUUGAUCAGAAUUUAAAAAAAAAAAAUUUGUCCGAAUGUCCGUCGAUAAUUAUUCAUCACUUGUAGUAUUAUCAAAACCACCACUCGUUACAAUCGUGAACAAGAAAUUUAAAAAAGCAUUAUCAAAUGAAAUAAUGAUAGAUAUUUUUUCAUUAUAUUUAAUAGUAAUAUUUACAAAUUAGUAGUCUUAUUAUAUUAUUAUAUUAUUAUUAUAUUAUUAUAUUAAUAUUAAUGUUUACAGUUUAGCAGUGUUAUUAAAAUACUAUUAAAUGUCAACUAUGGUCGUUUCAAACUUCUACAAAUUUAUAAUAUGUAGAAAAUCGACAAAGAAAACUUUAAAAAAAAAACAUCUUUUGAACUGUUCCACAAAGUGUUUUUUUUUUUUUUUUUAAUAAACAAAAAAGUAAUAUUUUUUCUACCGUCGUCUUGAAAGUUUAAAUAUAAACUACAUGAAGAAAAAAAACAUUCCAGACGAACUUUACUGUAAAUUAUUAUUCAAUCUUUGCUACGAAUAUUAUAAUAUACAAAAAAGAGAAAUUUUUUAAAAAUAUUUAGAAAAUAGUUAUUGGGAGCAAAAAAUAGAAUUUUUGAUAAAAAAAGAAAAAACAAUUUUUUCCGAACGGUACUUAAAAUUCAUCGAAUUAUAUUCGUCCAAAUAAAAAAAAACUUGUUUUAUAGAAUAUUAAAUAGUGCGGACUUAGAAAAUUGCAAUGCAAUAUCGUACUACGUGUAAAUAAACAUUGAUCGAACGCCUAACAUUUUUCCAAUUAUGGUGAAUUAUUUAUAACUAAGAGAGAGAAAGAGAGAGAGAGAGAGAGAGAGAAAAUAAAUUUGUACAUUUAAAAGAAAAAUGAAUUUUUACACUAAUGUGGAGAAAAAAAAUUUUCUACACUACUGUCUGUUCCAUUAAGAUAGUUUAGAUACGACACUCUUUGUUAAUUGUUAAUAUUGUUAAUUUCUAGAUUUUAAAAUAUUUUUUCUUUAAUAGAUUCUUAACAUAAAAAAUCAUUUAAACGAGUGAACUUUAAAAUCAUUAAUUUGUUAACAUUAACAUUUAUGAAGAGUUGUCGUGAGUUAAUUUAUUCAAUUUUUAUCUUAGAAAUUGAAGAAAUCACUCUUUAUCAAGAGAGAAUUGAAUGAAACUUGUUUUUAUUUCGUUGAAUUUUAAUUUCAAUGAAAGAGAAAAAGAGAGUCAAUAUUUUAAACGGCCAUAAAUAAAAGUUUUUUUCUUUUUGUUCAAUAUUUUAACUAACGUUUUACGAUAAUUCGUAUAUUAUAAUAAAAGUUAUUAUAUUGAUGGUUUAGAAAGAGAACUCAAGCACGCUGGUGGAAAUUAAAAAAAAAAGAAAAAAGAGAAGGCACUGUAAAUUAAAAAGAAAAAUGUUGGUGCGAGGAUAUAUGAAAAAUUAUACUUGUACUUUGCUGGAAAGGCUAGAGAUUGUUUAAAUAAAACUAAUACCGCAUA